AUGAACACGCUCCGAUGCUGCAUUUCGUGCAUACUGCCGUGUGGGGCCCUCGACGUUGUCCGAAUAGUGCACGCCAACGGCCGCGUCGAGGAAUUCAGCGGCACCGUCACGGCGGCGGAGGUCCUGAAGCUCCACCCUAAGCACGUCCUCAAGAAGCCCACCUCCUCGCCGCCGCCGCCGCCCUCCUCCGGCCAAAGGAUCGUCGUGGUCCCGCCGGACGCGGAGCUCCGGCGGGGGAAGAUCUAUUUCCUCAUGCCGGCACCGGCGGCACCGCCGCCGGGAAACACUCGAUCGAGGCUGCCCGCAAAGAGGAGGAAGAAGGAGACUGCUGGCGGCGAUAAGAAGGGCACUAGGCCUAAUGAUAAAAAUAAUAAUAAUAAUAGUAAUUCGGAUGAGAAUCUGCGAUUUUCCGAUCGUUAUUUGAGCGAGAUUUUGUCGGAGAGGGUUUCGAGUCAGAGGGAUCGACGGCGGGGCCGCGUCGGAGUGUGGCGGCCGCAUUUGGAAAGCAUUUCGGAGGCGCCGCCGGAAGUGUGA